AAACAACCAACCCAACCCACACAUCAAAAUGUCUGCUCCCAACGCCAACGCUCCCAACGAGGGUAUUGUCGGCCAGAUCGGCAACUCUCUCAACAACGCCGCCCAGUACGUCUCUGAGACCGUUCAGGGUGCCGGUGCCACCGCUUCCAAGGAGGCCAACAAGGAGAAGGCCAAGGGCAACUCUGCCGACGACUCCAUCUCCGGCCGUGUCUCUGGUGCCAUGGGCGCCGCCUCCGACAAGGUCGACGAGAAGAAGCACGAGGGCUCCGCCUCCGCCAACAAGAACUCCAUCUAAGCGUUCUUCAACCUUCUCACCACCAUCAAUUCGACCAAGUCUUUUCUCAUGAUGACUUUCGACACGACGGCAUGACACGACAACAUCUCUAGCUCCCCUUCUCAGGGUUGAGCUCAAGUUCUUUGCUAUGAGGGGUUCACUUUUUACAACGACACCGGCGAUGGCAGGGCAACCAGCGCUCUCCAUACAAUGGUUUUCAUGAUGUAUCCAUAAUACCCCAAAUCACAAAUACCCCUCAAACAUCA